AUGGGCUUGACUUAUGAACUCCCAACAAGAGUCCAGCCCAAGUUGCCUUCGCUUAUCACUGUGGCACUGCCGUUUGCUUCUGCUGUCUCGUUCUUGGAUUUCCGGUCAACUCCACCAAGAAGGCUAAUUUCUCGUCACAAGCACUCUGUUCCGGUGUCCGUACUCUGCCUCUUUUGUCUAGUAUUAGGAGUUCCGGUCGCCCCAAACUACGCAUUUCAGUUGUGUUGUACAUUUUCUGAUCGUCGAACUAAGAGUGCUGUCAUGGUGGGGUUUAAGAACCGCUACUUGGUCAUGGAGGUGCUUUUGGAUCCCACUAAAGAUCAGGUGGAAUAUGAACCUGUUGUCAUAACUCAGUUGAACCUUUUUAAUGCUAUAAAAGAAAGCAUGCUCAUGAAUUUUGGGGAAUGUGGGCUUGCCUCGUCCCUUCAUUCAUUUCAAGUGAAAUAUGUGAAUCCAAUUACGAAACUCUGCAUCAUUAGAACAUCAAGAGAGGAUUACCAACGAGUUUGGGCUGCAAUUACGUUGGUUAGGAGUAUAGUAAAUUGCUCUGUCAUUAUCAACUUACUCGACCUAAGUGGAAAUAUCAAAGCUUGCAAGAAUGCUGCUUUGAAGUGCGACCAGUUGAAGUUUGAGCAGUACAAAUCAACUCCACGAGUUCAGAUUUCCGACGCUGUUCUACAGAACAUGCAGAACUGUAUUGAAAAGAUUAAAGUAUUGGAAUCCUGA